GGGGUCCAGUCCUCUGCCACUCUUGCACCGGGUCCCGCGCUAGAGACGCAGCAGCGCUCCCAUUGCCCACACCCACCUCGCCUCGCUCGCCUCUCUGCCGGAGCCAGUCCCACCGCGCUGCACCUAACCCACCACCACCCUCCGCAGCCAUGUCCUCCAGGUCCGUGUCCUCGUCCUCGUCCUCCUACCGCCGGAUGUUCGGCGGUCCAGGCACCGGCAGCCGGCCAAGCAGCAGCCGGAGCUAUGUGACCACGUCCACCCGCGCCUAUAGCCUGGGCAGCGCUUUGCGCCCCAGCGUCAGCCGCAGCGUGUACGCCUCGUCUCCCGGAGGUGUGUACGCCACGCGCUCCUCCGCGGUGCGCCUGCGGAGCAGUGUCCCGGGCGUGCGGCUGCUGCAGGACUCCGUGGACUUCUCGCUGGCCGACGCCAUCAACACCGAGUUCAAGAACACCCGCACCAACGAGAAGGUGGAGCUGCAGGAGCUCAAUGACCGCUUUGCCAACUACAUCGACAAGGUGCGCUUCCUGGAGCAGCAGAACAAGAUCCUGGUGGCGGAGCUCGAGCAGCUUAAGGGCCAGGGCAAGACGCGUCUGGGGGACCUCUAUGAGGAGGAGAUGCGGGACCUGCGCCGGCAGGUGGACCAGCUCACCAACGACAAGGCCCGAGUGGAGGUGGAGCGCGACAACCUAGCGGAGGACGUAAUGCGGCUCCGAGAAAAGCUGCAGGAGGAGAUGCUUCAGAGAGAGGAAGCCGAGAGUACACUGCAGUCCUUCAGACAGGAUGUUGACAAUGCUUCUUUGGCUCGUCUUGACCUUGAGCGUAAAGUGGAGUCUUUGCAAGAAGAGAUUGCCUUUUUGAAGAAACUCCACGAUGAGGAAAUCCAGGAGCUGCAGGCCCAGAUUCAGGAGCAGCAUGUCCAAAUCGAUGUGGAUGUUUCCAAGCCUGACCUCACGGCUGCGCUGCGUGAUGUCCGUCAGCAGUAUGAAAGUGUGGCUGCCAAGAACCUUCAGGAGGCUGAGGAAUGGUACAAGUCCAAGUUUGCUGACCUCUCUGAGGCUGCUAAUCGGAACAAUGAUGCCCUGCGCCAGGCAAAGCAGGAGUCUAACGAGUACCGGAGACAGGUGCAGUCCCUCACCUGUGAAGUGGAUGCGCUUAAAGGAACUAAUGAGUCCCUGGAACGCCAGAUGCGUGAAAUGGAAGAGAACUUUGCUGUUGAAGCUGCUAACUACCAAGACACUAUUGGCCGCCUGCAAGAUGAGAUUCAGAACAUGAAGGAAGAAAUGGCUCGUCACCUUCGUGAAUACCAAGACCUGCUGAAUGUUAAGAUGGCUCUUGACAUUGAGAUUGCCACCUACAGGAAGCUGCUGGAAGGCGAGGAGAGCAGGAUUUCUCUGCCUCUUCCCAACUUUUCUUCCCUGAACUUGAGGGAAACCAACCUGGAUUCACUCCCUCUGGUUGACACCCACUCAAAAAGGACACUUCUGAUUAAGACAGUUGAAACUAGAGAUGGACAGGUCAUCAAUGAAACUUCUCAGCAUCAUGAGGAUCUGGAAUAAAAAUUGCCCACACUUGGUGCCGCAAUAUAUUACCAGCGAGAAUAAAAAAGAAGUUCAUAUCUUAAAGAAACAGCUUUCAAGUGCCUUUCUGCAGUUUUUCAGGAGCGCAAGAUAGGUGUGGAAUAGGAAUAAGCUCUAGUUCUUAAGUCCCAACACUCCUCUAAGAGAUUUAGAAAAAAAGUUUACACCAUAAUCUAGUUUACAAAGAAACCUUGUGCUAGAAUACUUUUUAAAAAGUAUUUUUGAAUACCAUAAAAACUGCUUUUUUCCAACAACUAUCCAACCAAUUUGUUUCUGCUUCAAUAAACCUUUGGAAAACUC